GCGGGGAGGAGGCUCUAGCAAGGCCUGAAAGGCUGCGUAACCAGGCAGGAGUAGGGGUUGGGGUUCGGGGUUGGGGGACAGCCAGGGAUCGCGUCUGAUACGCUGUUGGGGUCGUGACCGCCUGGGGGCCGAGGCAGGCACUGGCCAGACCCAGCCAGGGAUCCUUGUUUUCGUCGAGCCUAAUUUCCAGCAGCCGGGUAGGCCUCACUAGAGGCUCCUUUCCGUGAGGCCGCCCCCAAUUCCUGCCCCUAUUCUCUGCCUGGGAGAUGGCUUCCCCGAGCCCCCCGCCGGAGUCAAAGAGAGACUUGAUAAAUCGGCCAGAGAAAAUAAAUAAUGCUCCAGACUAGCUCUCUCAUUUGUGAGUUCUUCAGGUGAAGCACCAUUUUUGACCUUCCCUUGUGUCUUCUGUUCCUGGCACAGUGCCUGGACCCCAAGGGGUUGCUGACAUUUGAGGAUGUGGCUGUGUUUUUUACCCAGGAGGAGUGGGAUUAUCUGGACCCAGCUCAGAGAAGCCUGUAUAAAGAUGUCAUGAUGGAGAAUUAUGGAAACCUGGUCUCACUGGAUGUUUUGAACAGAGAUAAGGAUGAGGAGCCAACCGUAAAACAAGAAAUUGAAGAAAUUGAGGAAGAAGUGGAACCACAGAGUGUAAUAGUUACAAGAAUCAAAAGUGAAAUUGACCAGGAUCCUAUGGGUAGAGAAACCUUUGAACUUGUUGGUAGGUUAGAUAAACAAAGAGGAAUCUUCUUAUGGGAAAUACCAAGGGAAUCUUUGACCCAGGAACAGAGAAUGUUCAGAGAAAACACUAACAUUAUCCGUAAAAGACCAAACUCAGAAGAGAAAUGCCAUAAAUGUGAAGAAUGUGGAAAGGGUUUUGUCCGCAAGGCCCAUUUCAUUCAACAUCAAAGGGUCCAUACUGGUGAGAAACCUUUUCAGUGCAAUGAAUGUGGGAAAAGUUUUAGCCGCAGUUCAUUUGUUAUUGAACAUCAGAGAAUUCACACUGGGGAAAGGCCCUAUGAGUGUAAUUACUGUGGAAAAACCUUUAGUGUGAGCUCAACCCUUAUUAGACAUCAGAGAAUCCACACUGGAGAAAGACCCUAUCAGUGUAAUCAGUGUAAACAGAGCUUCAGCCAGAGAAGGAGCCUUGUUAAACAUCAAAGGAUUCAUACAGGUGAGAAACCCCAUAAAUGUAGUGACUGUGGGAAAGCCUUCAGUUGGAAAUCACACCUUAUUGAGCAUCAAAGAACUCACACUGGUGAGAAACCUUAUCACUGUACCAAAUGUAAGAAGAGCUUUAGUCGAAAUUCAUUGCUUGUUGAGCAUCAAAGAAUUCACACUGGGGAAAGACCCCAUAAAUGUGGUGAAUGUGGGAAAGCCUUUCGAUUAAGCACAUACCUUAUACAACACCAAAAAAUUCACACUGGCGAGAAGCCUUUUCUUUGUAUUGAGUGUGGAAAAAGUUUCAGUCGGAGCUCAUUCCUUAUUGAACAUCAGAGGAUCCAUACUGGUGAAAGACCUUAUCAAUGCAAAGAGUGUGGGAAAAGUUUCAGUCAGCUUUGCAACCUUACUCGUCAUCAGAGAAUUCACACAGGAGACAAGCCCCAUAAAUGUGAGGAAUGUGGGAAAGCCUUUAGUAGAAGCUCAGGUCUUAUUCAGCAUCAGAGAAUUCACACCAGGGAGAAGACUUAUCCAUACAAUGAAACUAAGGAAAGUUUUGAUCCAAAUUGCAGUCUUGUUAUACAGCAGGAAGUCUACCCUAAGGAGAAAUCUUAUAAAUGUGAUGAAUGUGGGAAAACUUUUAGUGUUAGUGCUCAUCUUGUACAACAUCAAAGAAUCCACACUGGUGAAAAACCCUAUCUAUGUACUGUCUGUGGGAAAAGCUUCAGCCGGAGCUCAUUUCUUAUUGAACAUCAGAGAAUCCACACUGGUGAGAGACCCUAUCUGUGCAGACAGUGUGGAAAAAGCUUUAGUCAACUUUGUAAUCUUAUUCGACAUCAGGGUGUUCACACAGGUAAUAAACCCCAUAAAUGUGAUGAAUGUGGAAAGGCCUUUAGCCGGAACUCGGGUCUUAUUCAGCAUCAGAGAAUACACACAGGAGAGAAACCUUAUAAGUGUGAGAAGUGCGACAAAAGUUUCAGUCAACAGCGCAGUCUUGUCAACCAUCAGAAGAUGCAUGCAGAAGUGAAAACCCAAGAAACCCAUGAAUGUGAUGCUUGUGGUGAAGCCUUUAAUUGCCGCAUUUCUCUUAUUCAGCAUCAGAAAUUGCACACAGCAUGGAUGCAAUAAAUGUAGAGCGAUACAUAAGCUCAAUUUGAUUUGAAACUAGUUACCCAAGUGCAGUUUUAGUAUGGCUCAACGUGGGUCAAAUUUGGUGAUAAAGCAAAUUCUCCUUGGCCUCAGACAAAUGGUUUCUAAAGAUUCUGUGAAUAGUGGACAACUGCCCAAGAGCAUCUGACUUCCCUUACUCUUUGUUUGAUGAUCAUAGAGACUUAGUAAUUUAUCUAAGUAUCUUUAAUCAGCAGAGAGAUUAAACCUAGGUUCAGAGCAUGGAUGCUCUGAGGGACAAAGUAGGAUUACUAUAAGGGAGCUGGAGCAGCUGAUAUUGGAAAACUGAGAAUAAUGAUUCAAAGAGUCUUCUGUCACCAUCUCAUAUUGUGGUUCUUUCAGUUCCAUGAUAUGUUUGGCUCUGCAUGCCAAAGUCCAGUGAUUAAGCAUAUAUAAGUUGUCAAGGAAACAAAGCCCAAAUGUUUUUGAAAUCAAUAUACAGUUUUUGUCCUUGUUUAAGUAAGCCAGUUGUUUGGCAUGUGAGUUAAAGGCAGUUCCAAUGCCUGAUGGUUCCCAGAUCUAUAAAAUGAGUGGACCAUUAACCUUACAUGUAAAGAUUAUGUUAGUAAUUAAGAAACCUAACAGGUGUUACCAAGGAACCUUUGGGAGUGCCUUUUUUGUUUCUCAAGAUGGACCCAAAAAAGUGGAGGAAGAUACCGUUCUUUUGUGCCCUCCUACCUGUGAAAGAUAUUUGUAGUCCUAUGUGAAUGAGCUUAUUCCUCCACAACCAGGUGCAUAUAAAAGUGUACAUAUUUUGAUUGCCAAGAAUUGGAAAUGAAAAGACCUGGAGUCUAUGCUAGGAAGCUGAGAUAUUUUGGUAUUGCAUUGGUUUUUAUGAUAACUAGGUUUUGCAUGCAAUUAAAAAUUCUUAUUUCUUGUUCUAGGGCUUCCCUUAGUUAAUGGUUAUUAUAAACCUAUUACUUCACCUGUUUUAACCAUUAAAACUUGUUUUGUUUUUUGCUUUG